CGUUAAAUCGUUAAGUCACGUUUUGGCGCCAAACUUGAUCAUUUUGUACUGUUUUUGGGACACGUAAGUAAGAUUACUCCGAAAUGACGGGCAGAUUAACAUCCCACUACCGGUUCGUGGACUUGUCCGCGGCAAGCCGCUGGGAGCGCCUCGUCAACAGCGACCAGUUUGCGGAUGUGAUCUUCCGGGUGGGCGAACCGGGAGAGCUGAUGUACGGCCACAAGGCCAUCCUCGUGCAAGCCAGCCGAGUGUUCCGGACUCUGUUCGGCGAAGCGCCGCCAGGACAGGCGAUCCCGAUCGGGGACAUUGAACCGGUCACCUUCAGGGAACUGCUGCGGUACAUGUACGCCGACCGGAUUACCGUGACGCUGAAGAACGCGGUGGAUGUUCUCUACGGAGCGCGCAAGUAUCAGCUGUGGACGCUGACCGAAAUUUGCCAGAACUAUCUGCGGUUGAAGCUGACCGAGGUGGAUGUGCUGGACGUGUUUGAAGCGAACCGACGUUACGAGCUGGACUGGGUCAACCGGAUCUGUCUGGGCAUCAUUUGCGACAACCCGAUUCAAGCUUUUGACGACGAGUGCUUCUGGAAGCUGUCCGGCAAAUCGGUGGAGUUGAUUGCCUUGCGCCAGGUCAUGAACUGCCAGCCGGAUCAGCUGCUGACGGCGAUCAAAAAAUGGAUGAAGAUCAACAGGAAUGCGUUUGAGGAGGGAACCCGUAUCAUCAACGUGGCUCGAGAACAAAAAGACCGCAGUGUGAUGUGCAAAAAGAUGCACAACUUUGCAGCCGGCCUCUACGUGGAAAACAACAAUCGAUCGUCUACCAAGUUCAUCCUGAAAAUUGACUCCGGCAAAGCAAUCUCAAUCUACGGCGUUGGCAUUUGCAUCAAAUCGAAAAAGUCCUCAGCAGCCAUCGAACUGGACAUCACAGUGGAGCGAACAUCGAACGGCAAGCUCACCAGACCGCUGAUCGCCCCCAUGAAGCGCCUCGUGACCGCCCAAGCAGCGGACAUCCACGUGGAGGAGGUACUGUUCAAGAAGCUGCCCAUUGGCAAGGGUACCUCGUGCAGCGUCCAGAUCCAAGUGACGCACCAGCGCGGAACGACGCUGUACUGCUACAAGGGCUUCGAGCCGGAACAUCCGGAAGUUGGGUUGCGUUUCGAGAGCAGCACCGGCUAUUCGAACCCCGGAAGCAGCUGUGUGGCUUACGUGCUUUAUGAUGACCGCAUGUAGUGAAUGCGGGUGUGAUUGAACCUUGAGAACUAUGAAUUUAUAGAAGCGGAAAAAUGUUGACUAAAAUGUAGCUGUUUUUAAAGAACGCUGAAUUAAAUAAACAUGAAUUACUCCUAAAGCUUUA